AUGGAUGUUGAACAGAACCCGAUCGUCAUGGACGGCGCAGUGGGUAAGGACGAAAAGUCCAAUACUGCUCGUUCUCUGUCCAAGACAGAAGCAAUCGAACAUAGCGAGCACGAUCUAUUACACGAAGAAAAUGUGGACACCGUUCUUGCAGCCAAGAUGACACUGAUCAACGACACUAUUGAUGAAAUUGGAUUUACCCCCCACCACUGGAAACUCUUUUGCCUGAAUGGCUUCGGAUACGCAGUCGACUCGCUUAUCCUCUUGAUCCAGUCCAUCACCGCCGGGCCAGCGGGCAUGGAAUUUCAACCGGGCUUCAAAACCGGCUUGACAAUCGCGGUAUAUGUUGGCAUGCUCGUGGGCGCUAUUUUCUGGGGGUUUUCCGCGGACAUCAUCGGCCGACGUUUUGCCUUCAACUUCUCGCUCCUAGUUUCGGCUAUAUUCACUAUUGUUGCGGGAGCCUCUCCUAGCUGGAUCACCUUGGGCUUGUUUGUGUGUUUGAGUGCAUUUGGAGCCGGAGGCAACCUCGUGCUAGAUACCACAGUCUUUCUCGAGUAUCUGCCGGGCAAGCAGCAGUGGCUACUGACUCUUAUGGCAGCUUGGUGGGGUCUUGGUCAGCUGAUUGCAGGUAUUUUGGCCUGGGGGUAUCUCCCUCAUUAUUCGUGUGCCGAUGCGAGUGACUGCAGCCGGGCUAAUAACCAGGGUUGGCGCUAUAUCUGGUACACAGCUGGAACAUUAGUCUUUGUGCUCUCAAUCCUACGUGUUACUAUAGUCCGACUAGACGAGACGCCAAAGUUCCUUCUUACUCAAGGAAAAGACGAACACGCAGUCCGCGUGCUCCAGACCAUCGCCAAACGUUAUAAUAGGCCAUGUAGCCUCACCCUCGAGCACCUUCAAGCCCUAGGGCAAACACAGAACCACAGCACGACUCGCGCAGGCUUAUCUCAACGACUAUUCUCUCCUCGCGAGGUGAGCUUCCAUUUCCGCGGUCUGUUCGCAACACGAAGAAUGAGUCUCUCGACCUUACUAGUAUGGUCCUCAUGGCUACUGAUCGGUCUCGCCUAUCCGCUCUUCAACGUCUUCCUACCCACAUACCUCGCCUCACGAGGCGCGAACUUCGGUCAACCGAGCGCCUACAUCACCUGGCGCAACUAUACCCUCAACAAUACAAGCAGCAUCUUUGGACCCGUGCUUGCAGGGUUUAUGUGUCGUUCAGGCUGGUUCUGGGGCCGACGAGGGACAAUGAUCAUCGGUGCGAUUAUUACGAUGGUCUUCUUUUUCUGCUAUACGCAGGUUCGCACGGCCAGUGAAAACGUCGGUUUUACGUGCGCCAUCAGUUUCUGCGUGAACGUUUACUAUGGCACCUUGUAUGCCUAUACGCCCGAGGUCUUCCCCUCCGCCCAUCGAGGCACGGGUAACGGAGCGGCGAUCGGGUUCAACCGAAUCAUGGGCAUUGUUAGUGCCGUUGUGGCCGCGUUCGCAAAUACCGAGACCGCAGUACCCAUCUAUAUAUGUGCUGCUUUGUAUCUCCUCAUGGCUAUCAUUGCCGCCGUCUUCCCCUUUGAGCCGUUUGGUCGACGCAGUAGCUAG